AUCCUCAUCAAGAUCGAGACGAGACGAGCAGCGUUUUCAAGCCACAAGUACAGAGACUGUAUGAUUGCUCACUUUCUGUGUUUCCUGUAGCUGGAGUUCAGUCUCAAAUCUGCUCAGAAGUGUGUGUCUUCAUCCACAGAUGUCCGUCUCCGACAGUCCUCCGUCCUCCAUCUGUAUGUUUGCUCUCCAUCAUCAGUCCUCCAGCUCUCAGGUGGACUCGGGUCUGUACGGUCAGCCCAUGGUCUUCCCCAAAACACCAGACGGCCGGAGCAUGGAGCAGAUGAUGGGCUUCGUCCCGUACUCCUCGUGUCUGACCCCCAGCAGCUCGGAGCGAGAGGAUUUUUCGCAGUUCGUUCUGCCGCCCCCGGCGUCCACCCUGCAGCCGGCCGGACAGAAGCGAGGCCCGAGCAAAGACAGCGUGGAGUACCGUCAGCGCAGAGAGCGCAACAACAUCGCGGUGAGAAAAAGUCGCGAUAAAGCGCGGCAUCGGAUCCAGAUGACCCACCAGAGGGCGCUACAGCUCCAGGACGAGAACCAACGCCUGCAGCUGCACAUCCAGCAUCUGUCGCACGAGGUGGAUUCACUCAGACACUAUCUGUCACAGCGCCACCUACAGGCCAGAGAGCAGGACACCGCCGGAGAGGACGUCUGCUGAGACCCAACAAAUUAUUCUGGAUUCGCUUUCUGAUUUCCAUAUAGUUUCAGUCGAUGGGAUGGGUAAACAUGACUUCUCAAAGUGAACUUGGGAAAUAAUACCCAUUUCGGUUGUCCACCUACUGUAAAUCACAUCUGAUGAGCAUGGA